UCUAUUUAUCAACUUAAAAAAAAAAACUGCGAUUUUGCAGUCUCUAAAAAAUGCGGAAGUGCCUCACAGCUCUGUGUGCUUAUAGUAAACAUCUUAGUAAUUUGAAUAUAACUGAUUACUACACGGUAUGCAAAUUUGCCUAUAACUAAUUGCUCUUCCCUUAAAUUCACUUGCUAGAAGAGCAUGAGUUAAAUUUCACUGAUGUAUCGAAUAGAAAGACAAGAAAUUCUUCAGCUCUAUAACGUGAAAUGUAUAUUAUAGUUUUUUAUUAUAUUUUAUGACGAUGGUAAGAGCAAAAAAUGCAAAAAAAUUCUUGUAAAUUUAUAUAUCUGCAGUAUGGAAAAUUAUAUCAAUAAUGUAAAUUUGAAUGAAAAUAUAACUAACAUUGAGGGAACUAGUCAGCAUACCAACUCUGAGGAGAAUUGUGGUAAAACUUCUUUACAAAGUGGUGCUGAAGAAUGCAGAGAGAGAGGCCCGGCUGAUAAAAUUAAAAUACUGCAUAAUUGUGAGCAAAUCAACACAACCACUAAACUGGAUGUGAAAUUACAAACCCAGUCACUUGUUCAUACCAACAUCACAUCAGGAUCUAAUUUACAAACCAACAAUAGAGGUAAACCAUUUAUCUGUCAGCGAUGUGGAAAGAGCUUCAAAGUGAAGCAGAAUGUAGACAGGCAUAUGAAAAGUCAUACCGAAGAGAAAUCCUAUAAUUGUAAACUAUGUGGGAAGUGUUUUUUACGAUUAUCCCAUCUAAAAGCUCAUGAACGAACUCACACUGGAGAAAAACCUUAUGCCUGUCAACAAUGUGAAAAGCGUUUUAAAAAAAUAUCUCAUUUAAGUGAGCAUGAGCUAAUUCACACUGGAGAGAAACCACAUAUUUGUAAACAAUGUGGAAAAGAUUUUUCACGAUUAUCUAAUUUACGAGCGCAUGAGCGAACCCAUACUGGAGAGAAACCAUAUAUUUGUAAACUAUGUGGGAAGUGUUUUUCACGAUCAUCCCAUCUGAAAGGGCAUGGACGAACUCACACAGGAGAUAAACCGUACGUUUGUGGACUAUGUAGCAAGGGAUUUUCACGAAUGGAUCAUCUAAAAGGGCAUGAGCGAACUCACACUGGAGAAAAACCUUAUGCUUGUCAACAAUGUGAAAAACAAUUCUCAAAUUUAGGUAGUUUACGUAAUCACAAGCAAACUCACACAUGAGAAAAAUCUUAUGCUAGUAAACAAUGUGGAAAGGGUUUUUCGCGGAAAUUUCAUUUACUCAUACUGAAGAGAAAGAAACCUUGUUUGUAGACUAUGUGAGUGGUGGAAAAUUCUGAUGACGUCAUAGCUCACAAAAACGAGCCCCAUAAAGCUUACAGGAAUAUUUGAAAUUAAUAAAAGAUGGUCUUUUAGAACAAAUAUUUUUAACCACUGAAAAUUUCAAAGUAAUUGGUUCAGUAAUCAAAGAGAAAAACGUGUCAAAGAACAAGGACAAUGACAGCAACAUAAUAUUGAAACGAUCCAUAGGUCCACGAGCGUGUCCAAUAACAAUCACAAUAUACCGCAACGAAACCAAAAAUAUGAGAAAACUGUAUGUAAGCUCUUGCUGCGUUUCAAAUGUUUCCAUUUAUUGAAUUUUAUUUUUAAAUGAAGACGGGUUCUAUAUUACGAACUGAAUUGGGUACAAAGUACAAACAGUUAUAUAACCAAACCUAAAAAGCCAGACAACUAUAUAGCAGUUAGCCCUUUUUACACCAUAUAUUAAUUCAAAAUUGUAUAUUGCAGUGUUAACGCUGCGUUGUCUGGAUGUGGCUAGGCUUUCAGAUUAAAAUGCAAAAAAUGGCAAGUUUAUAAUGCGGUAUUCUGAGUGUUAACAAUAAGUGCUCUGGGACUGUAAAUGGUGAAAUAUAAUACUGCAAUAGCACACACGACACAGAAAUAUUGUAUCUCCCUUUUUCAGUCAUGUAUUAUCACAAAUUCAAAUCCUUAUUAUAGAGUAUGAUACCGAUGCUGUAUUUCAUCUAGGCUUGACCGAUAUCACUUUUCGACGCCGUUACCGAUAUAUCGGCAAACUAGUGGCCGAUAACCGAUAUUAUUAUAAAUCAUAUUUUGAGCCACAAAAUGGGCUUUUAUUAUGUACCUUGUAAGUCUGUAAGUUCAUUUUGAUAUUUAUUAUGAUUGCAGUGAGACUUUUAUUUAACAAACUCCAGUUAAUGCUUGAACAAAUUUUAUUCUUUUCCUGCGACUUCAAUAUCAGUCUAGCCUUUUCCAGGAAAAAGAAUUGUUUAUCUGACGUUUUUAAAUAUAACUGUGGCCGUGGGAAUAUUGGAAAAUUAUAAAUUGAUAUAUUUUGAAUGGAAUCGUGAUAUUGAUAAAUUACUUCGAUAUUGUGACAGUAUAUGUGCAGUUACAUGUGAAACUUUUAAUACCUAUGUUUCUAGAGACUCUUAAUACCUUAUUCAGUCAAUUAUAAUGAAUUCACGUGGA